UCUACGUAAAUUAACAUCCUCAGAAACUUUGUGACCACACGAUUCUAGUACUUUGUGAAUCUAUUGGGUAUCCAAUUUCUCUCCUCUACAUCGACACAGCUGAAUCCCACCCAUGGCUGAGAACCCUAAUUGCACUAUUUAUGUUGGAAAUUUGGACGAGAGAGUAAGCGAUCGUGUACUGUAUGACAUUCUAAUUCAAGCAGGGCGUGUUGUUGACCUGUACAUUCCUCGUGACAAGGAAACUGAUAAGCCUAAAGGUUUUGCCUUCGCUAAAUAUGAGACAGAGGAGAUUGCAGACUAUGCUGUGAAGCUUUUCUCUGGUUUAGUGACGCUUUACAAUAGAACAUUAAAAUUUGCGAUAUCUGGGCAAGACAAGCCCUCUAAUAACUCAUCAAUUGCGACACCACCACCUACCUUAAAUAUCCCCUCCAGACCAAGGCCUCUUCAUGUACCUUAUAAUGAUAAGGAAAUUUCACCAAAUUCUGUGAGAUUGUCAACUUCAUGCCGGUUUUCAGAGCACCAAACUAACUUCACACAAGUACGUUUACUUCGAUGAUUAUGGACCUUGUUCGAGUACGUGGUUAAGAUGAGAUGAACUGUUUCUCUUCUCUUUAAUCGGGGCAUUUAUAUGUUUUGAAGGCGGGAAACAAAAUCUUAGAGAUCUUCUCAUUGUCCAUGUUGUACAUUAUUCUUAAAAGUUGAAUUUCCUGUUUACCCCCUUUUCCAAUCUAUUAAGUUCCAGUUUUCUCACGAGUCACGAUUUAUAAUUCUCUCUGCUUGUUUCCCCUCUUGUGAGUACCCGACUUCCUCUUCGCUACCUUCAAGCACGCCUGUUCGUUCCAAACCUCGAGGAGCUUAGUAAUCCUCUCCUUGUAUAUGGAACAAUUGCUGCUGCUUCUCUGUAGGGUCCUCCCGAAAACUAUAUUGUUCGCUUCCACUUUUAUGUUAUAAGGAUGGGAGGCUAAUUGGUUUCUGUUCACAGCAUUGCAUUUGUCCAACCCACCAAUGGGCUAGUGUCUAUCUGCUUUGGAUCCAUCACCUCUCUAAUCUGUCUGAUCCAAUUAUCUGAGGUAGGAUUGAAGUGGUGUUGACUGUUUUUAUUGUAACAAGUAGGCAAUAUUUCUGCAGUUGCCACUUAAUAUAUUCAGAAUAUAUCAGAAAUACUCAUUUGCUGUACUCUUAUCAUCGCGUUAAGCUUGAGGGUGAAAUAAAUGAUCAUGUUUUCUCAAAGUUCGUCCUUUUUCCAUCGUUAUUUCUGUUAUUGUGCCCCUUUCCCCUCCUAUUCCUCCUACUUGCUGAUCUUAUUUGCCUUAAUCCUCAAUUGGAUCGUGUCUCAUGCUUCUACCCCUCCACGUUUUCUUUCUUAGCUUUGGGAGUACACUUGACUAAUUAUUUUGGUAGGCUCCCCGUUCUCCUGUCUAAUUUUUGCUCCUUCAUGGUUUCUGUCAACUUUCUUUUGAGGUUGGCCUUUGGUCUCAUCAGUCUUGUAUAUGUUCUUGCGAGAAGAUAACUUGUGGUGUUGAAUCUCCACCUCCCCGUCCCCCUCAAAAAAAAAAAAAA